AUGCCGCGGAAGCCGCGGUUGAAACGCCGCCUCGGGCCCGGAAUUUCGCUGCCGCCGUUGCGAUCCCCUUCGAAAGAACCGCCGGAGACCCCUCGAACGAUUCACAUCGAGGAGGUCGAGCAGAAACGGCUGCAGUGCGCGAGUAAAUUUCUGGAUUUGCAAUGGCGACUCCCCUUCGUGGCGAAGGGCAAGGCGGAAGGUCGGGAGCUCAUCAAUCGCCUGAUGGUGCGGAUGCGGUUGGAGCGGACGACGGAGGUGGAGUUCUACGUGAAAGACGUCGAGAUCCUUCGGUAUUUCUUCGACGGCGUCGAUGUUGGCGUUUUCGGGUUGCUCCAUCGCGUGGAUUUCGUCGAUUUCGUGAUGCUGACGUUAGGGGAGGAUCUCGGGAUGAGCUGUCGGGAUGUCGAACGGCUAACCUUCCCCGACGCCGGCCGCAGCUUCCCUCGGUUGAUUAAUUUCGCCGAGUUCUCCCGAUUUUACCUCGCGCUCGCGGCGAAAGAGCUCGCGAAGCAUGGUGGGAAUUUCACCCCGCGCAAACCCAAGUUAAAACGCCCGUCUAAGCGAGAAUCCGCCGUCGGCGGGGGGGAGAAACCCCCCUCAACGACAACCCGAGCGGCCUCCUUGUCUCGCCUGUCAAGCCGGCCGCCGUUGCCCAUGACGACGUCUUUGCAUUUCUCGCAGCGAAGGAACGUUUGGUUCGAGCCCAGCGCCGCCGCCCGGCAAUUCUCCCGGCGGGCUUUUUCCCGCCAGCCCCGCCUCACCCCGAUCAAAAGCGAACGCGAAGGAGGAGGGGAGGGCACGCAAGGGUUGCCGCGGUCGAGCUCCGCGCCGAAUAUCGGCGAUCCCGCGCCUUCCCCGCCGUUCGCGCGCGAGGAGGCGACGCCGCUCCUGCCCCCUCCUCGUGGGGGGGUGCCUCUGCGGUUGGAGCGCAUCCGCUCGAGCGCGGGGGUGUGUUUGCAGCCCCGCGAACGAGCCGAGAGCCGGGAGAUGUCCAAACCUUAUAAGUUUCACUGGACUACGUAA